AUGAAAGCACGCUACUGUGUCGCGCUAGGAAUUACAACGCUGUUUAUUGUAUCUGGUGCUCAAGAACAAAAUGUGGAGAUUCAAACAAACAGACAAGAUAUUAAAUGGAAUUCUUUCCAGCUCUUUCUUCAACUUGGCGGGAUAAUUGCGGCCUGCUUUCCCUUGGCUAGCCUAACCGGGGUGGGCAUUCCGCUGUGUGCUCUUUCGACGUUGGCUGCAUUUUCUACCGCUGUCUGUUUGACUUUGAAGAUCUUUGACGGCCUGAUCACUAAAGAUGACCAACUAGCACCGCAGGUCCUUAUGUUUCUUCACAGCAUUGGAUUGCGAUUCACAGGCGAAGAAAACAUCGUUUCAACCAUGAACGGCGAGGACAGCGGCAAGUGGAAAGACUGGGCAAACAGUCAAACGGCGGCUGCCUUCCGAGACUUGAACACUUGUGUUGAAUUCUCUAUUGAGACCGUCAGUAAUUCCGCGGGCAUGGUUCGUCCAAGCUAUUGUUUCUCGUUUCUUAUUGACGAAAGUACAGCUCAUCCAUUAGCAGGGUACUGGCAAACGACAUGCUUAUCGCAGGUAGCAAUACAAGAACUUAAUCAGACAAGACCAAAGCGAUUACCCCCGAAGGCACUCUCCUCCGCGCUGAGACCGUUGAAGAAGGUGGACUUUUUGAAAAGCUACGCACAGGCCUUUGAGCUGGCACAAAGUUUCUAUUCGAUUUUUGGGAUAUAUGCAGAAGAGUUUCUGAUGAAAUCCGUUGCGCUCAUUCAAGAUUUAGGACCGGAUAAUAAGAAUGACCAGAAACUUGGCUUUCAAAUUAAUGAUCAAAUUAAUGGCCAGCAAGAACAGUUAUUCCGAGUCGAGCUUGUCAAGCGACUCCUUAUGUAA